AGCGGGCAUAGGACAUUUGAGCGAAAAAGAAAAAAGCACAUAGGGUCAUUUGAGCGCCGACUUCAUAGGACAUUUGAGCGCCGGGAUAUUAACCUUACCUGAGUUUUCAGACAGGACAUUUGAGCGAAAUUUUCCCUGAUAAUUUUACACGAAUUAAGAUUUUUUUUUAAAAGUAAGAAAAAAAAGUAAGAUUUAGUUAUAAAUAUUUUUUAUUUUAUUUCACACCCGAGUAAUUCGACCGGUUCUGGCUGGUUUAUGUAAGUGAAAUCCUAAGUUGAUCUCUAUUUACCAAUCAAUUCUACUAUAAUUCAUUGGCUAUGCAAAUUUUCUUUGUUCUAAAAUUCUUAUAUAUAUAUCUAUUAAGUGAAAUGUCCCUUGGCACUUGAAAUCUUAAUACUAAUAAUACAUGUACGUGUUAAAAUGGAUAUUAUUUUGACCGAGACUAAUAAGGGAAAAAGAAGCCUUGUUUGUGACAGUUUCCGAUAUAGAGUGGACAAAACACUAAAAGGAGAAGAAAUAUCCUGGAGAUGUACAGCAAAAGGUUGCAAAGCAAGACUGAGGACGGAUUGUACCGGAACCGUUAUAAUUCAACAGAAAAAUACUCAUAACCAUGAUACCAGUGAUCGUGACAAUGAACGUCACUUGCUGCGGGUACGAUCAAAAAGAAAAGCGGAUGAUGAUAUUGCUCAACGUCCUUCAAAAAUUAUCCGUACAGAGUUACAGAACAUGGAUGAAGCAAAUCUAAAGUCUGAAGACAUUGGCAGCGUUUCAAAGGCUAUAUAUAGAAAGAGGCGUAAAUCUCACCCUGCACUUCCUAAAUCUAGAGAGGAAACACACCAAUCAUUAAAGAAGAUUAAUAUUCAGUCAAAUAAAUUUGAAAAUUUUGUGCAGUUUAAUGAUGAACAAACUGGUAUAAUUAUUCUUACGUGUCCAACCAAUCUUGAAUGUUUAUGCAGUGUGCCGGAAAUUUUUAUGGAUGGUACUUACAAAUAUUGCCCAAAGUUCUUUAAACAGUUAUAUACUAUUCAUGGCUAUAACAAAGGAAAUUAUGUCCCUCUUGUAUUCUGCUUACUUCCUGGAAAGUCUGAAGAAAUUUACGUGAAUUGCUUUUCCUCAAUUGUCAAGCUAUGUUCCGAUCAAGGUCACACACUUCAACCGAAAGCAGUACACGUCGAUUUUGAAGAACGGGUAAUGAAAGUUAUGAAGGACUGUUUCGUAGAAGAUUUUAUGGCCGUUGUACCUAACGACAAGCCUUGUAUAGAAUUUGCAGAUUACCUGACUGAUACUUAUAUAACAGAUGAAUCGUUAUUUCCCCCUCAUCUCUGGGCCGAAGUUCCAUCCUCGUUAAAACGUACUAACAAUGGGCCCGAAUCAUUUCAUGCCCAUUAUAACGAGCAGUUCUAUCACAGUCAUCCAUCAAUUUAUACUUUCCUUGACACUAUUAUCAAAUUGCAAUCUGUGACUUACAUAAAAAUUCGGAGUUUGAACAUUGAUGCACCGCAGAGCCGAACAGAAAAGGAGAAGGAACAGAAUCUCCGGGAUUUGCAUUCGAAAUACUGCCAGCAGGAAAUUACGAGGGAUUUUUAUGUCAGAAGCCUGGGAUAUAAGUUCCAAGCCCGAACAGACUUGUAA